AUGAAAUUCUACAUCUUGUUGGCGCUAGUGGUUGUUGCUCUUCUCACCUAUUCCGAAGCUCGUGAUCGACGAAAUAUCGGACAAGGAGCUGGGUACAAUCAAGGUAUCGGUGGCGGAGCUCAACCAAACUGGAACAACAACAACGGAUACAACAAUGGAAUCGGAGGCGGAGCACAGCCAAACUACAACAAUAACAACAACUACAAUGCAUAUGGAAGCUCCGGCCACCAGAAGGGACACGGACAAAAACACGGAAAACAUCACGGAAAACGUCACAUUCACCAUGGGCUCGGUUGCAACUUUAAUCAAUUCCCUGUUCGUUGUGAUCCCACAAACAAAUGCUAUACCAUUUUUCAUCGUGAUGGAUCUGUGCAGCGAAAGGGAUGCUCGAGAUUUGGAUGUAGUCAAGAAGCUUCCGGACAACCAUGCCAAGACUGUACGAACAAUGAAUGCAACAAAGACCACCGUUACAGCGCAGGCAAUUUUGGAGCUAUGAAUGAACCAGUGAAUCCUUAUGGUGGAACAAACAUUGGAGGUGGCGCUGUUCCAAAUCAUGGUCAUCGUCAUCGAUCUGGCUCGGCACUCGAAAUUCUCUCAUCAAUGAUUCUCAUCUUUCUAUCUCAAUUUCUC